GCAACAGGGUUAGUGUUUAUGAAUUUGGAGAGAGGAUGUCAGGUGGGGGAACACAAAACAGUUUAAGAAAAACCCUUGGUGCUCUUAAGGAUACCACUACCGUAAGUUUGGCGAAAAUAAACAGUGACUACAAGGAAUUGGACAUUGCCAUUGUUAAGGCAACAAAUCACGUUGAGCGCCCAGCAAAAGAGAGGCACAUAAAAGCUGUCUUUGCUGCCAUAUCGGCCACCAGACCUCGAGCGGAUGUUGCCUAUUGCAUACAUGCCCUUGCUAGAAGAUUGUCAAAGACGCAUAAUUGGGCGGUUGCCUUGAAAACAUUGAUUGUCAUACAUCGUGCAUUAAGAGAGGUGGACCCAACAUUCCAAGAAGAAAUUCUUAAUUAUGGUCGGAGCAGAAGCCAUAUGCUUAACUUAGCCCAUUUCAAGGAUGACUCCAGUCCUAAUGCCUGGGAUUAUUCUGCUUGGGUGCGAUGUUAUGCGUUGUUUUUGGAGGAGAGGUUGGAAUGUUUCAGAGUGUUGAAAUAUGACAUAGAGGCAGAACGUCUGAGAAUGAAAGAUCUUGACACUCCAGAGUUACUUGAGCAGUUACCAGCAUUGCAACAACUGCUUUACCGUGUACUUGGCUGUCAGCCACAAGGAGCAGCAAUUCAUAAUUUUAUCAUUCAGUUGGCUCUUUCAAUGGUUGCUUCUGAAAGCAUUAAAAUUUACAAUGCAAUCAGUGAUGGUACUGUCAAUUUGGUUGACAAGUUCUUUGAGAUGCAAAGGCAUGAUGCUCUUAAGGCUUUGGAUAUAUAUCGGAGAGCAGGGCAGCAGGCCGAGAGAUUGUCAGAGUUUUUUGAAAUAUGUAAAAGCCUUGAUGUUGGACGUGGGGAGAGAUAUAUCAAGAUUGAACAGCCGCCUGCAUCAUUUUUACAAGCUAUGGAAGAGUAUGUUAGAGAAGCACCACGCGUCUCCACAACUCGCAAAGAUCUGGCUGAUGAUAAGCCCAAGGCAAUGUUGGCAAUAGAGUACAAAUCCCCACCUCCACCAGAAGCAGAACCAGAACCACAACCCGUAGUAGAACCCGUCAAAGUGGAAGCUCCUGCUUCAGAAUCACCGCCUGAUUUGCUGGGUCUGCAUGAGCCUCAUCCAGCUGCCACAGAGUUAGAUGAGAAGAAUGCCAUGGCUUUAGCCAUUGUGCCAGUUGGUGGUGCUGAACAACCUGGUUCCACCGGACCAAACCUGGCUAAUGGAACAACAGGCUGGGAACUAGCACUUGUUACCGCUCCAAGCUCCAAUGAGAGUGCUGCUUCUGCUAGCAAAUUGGCUGGAGGCCUCGACAAACUUACGCUCGACAGCCUAUACGAUGACGCAAUCCGAAGAAACAACCAGAAUGUGAGUUACAAUCCAUGGGAACAAGCACCAAUGGGCAACUCCAUGAUGCCACAAAUAGCCCACGACCCAUUCUAUGCCUCCAACGCUGUGGCUGCACCGCCUGCUGUGCAGAUGGCAGCUAUGUCCAACCAGCAACAUGUUUACCCAUUCCAGCAGCAACCCCAGCCGCAAAUGAUGAUGAUGGGCCCACAGCAACCCAUCAAUCCUUUUGGAACCCCAUACGGUACCACCGGGCAGCCUUAUGGCCCAGGUAUGCCCGUUCAAGCAUACAAUCCUUAUUCAGGCUUCAUUUGAACAAAGACCUCAAUGAAAUCUUCAUUUGUUGGACAUACUAGGAUUAUGUAUUUGGAGAUGCUCGAUAGAUUAGAUGAUUGUAUCAUAUGUUGUUUGAGUGAAGUAGAUAGAUGAAAUUCAUUGUUAAGUAAGUAGAUAUUUUUUGGUUUGUCGAUCUUUUGAUCAAUAAUGCAUCUGGGACUUGCGUAAUGUUUUUCUACCUGCUUUCGUUGAGCAGGGGUUACGUUUGUUGUUGAUGGCGUUUGUAACAUUUGGUCUUUUCUUUUGUAGCAACAAUUUUUUCAUGAAAGAACAUAACUUGACGAGUGAUUCUUGCCAAUGCAUGGUUCAUUUGUAUCA